AAAUACGUGACACAGACCCUAUACAGACUAUGUACGCGUUUACAGCAUGGCCGAAGGAGAUGCUCCACGCUCCAGGCCAUUUGGAGGCGGAAAUGCACCAAAUACCAGCCGACGAAGAAGAAAGCAAAGGGCGGAAGUAACGUAUUCCUAAAUCCGGAAGCGGCAUGCUGUAACCCUGUCUCACAUGCCUUUGCUUUCUAAGAGGUGACCUUUCAGAAUAUUUAUCAAUAAUUUAAAAAAAUUAACGACAUUUUGUGGGACGCAGUGAAUGCUACAUUGUGUUAGUUAUUAUUCAUUUCGCUCUUACGGCAUGCUAGCUUAGCUACACGUCAGGACUGGUUAGUUUUAUUGACAGAUCUUAUAUUAUUCAGUAAUUUAUCUAGUAAUAAAUAAGGAAUAAUGGCGGAGGCGCAGCAAGCCCGAGUGCAGCACGCGGUGGAGGAGAUGGUGCAGAGUCUGGAGCGGGAUCACAUCCGGAAAAUGCAGGGCCGGAUGUUCCGGUGCAGUGCAGAAUGCUGCGAGCGCACGACAGACUCUAUGAGUCAGGUUCAUGAGUGUAUAGAUCGCUGCCACACACCUCUGGCUAAAGCGCAGGGACUGGUCACUACUGAGCUGGAAAAGUUUCAGGAUCGUCUCACACGAUGCACUAUGCACUGCAACGAUAAAGCCAAAGACCUGUUCGACUCGGGGGCAAAGGAGCCUGCAGUGCGCGCUCUCAUGGAUAAGUGCGUGGGCAGCUGCGUGGACGAUCACCUCAACCUGCUGCCCAGUAUGACACGGCGACUGAAGGAGAACCUCGAGUCUAUACCACAGUGAGCAGUCCGCAUUUAAACACCAUCAGUGAUGAAUACGUGAAGGAUCAGUCACAGAAAGCUCGAGCUUCAUGGUGGACUUCAUCAUCACCGUUACUGUACUGUGUCUCGUCAGAAUUAGCCUGGUAUCAUCCGUGUCUGCCUCAACUGCUUGUUUUUGUACCGACAAUAAAACAGUUACAGUGAAAUUAAACAAUCUGGUUGUUUGAAUCUGUAGUGUGAAUGCACACGGAAAGAUCCACUAAAUAUUUUGCGUUAAAAUUGUCAAAAACGUUUAUCAGACUUACAGAAAAAAUAUGAAUGCUGAACAAAAUUGACCAUAACAGUUGUGCUGUGUUCAUUUUUAAGCUUAAAAACAAAUAUGCUGAAAUAUAAAGUUGAAAUUUUAUUGU